AUGGGGCACCAACUGUCGCUGGCUGAUGACUGCUACAAGGGAGUGGUGUUUGAUGGCCUGGAGACCCUCUUUGCGAGCAGCCUGGCAUCUUCUCUCCUGUGUGUGCUCAAAGCUGUCAGCUAUCGCCCUCAUAUCCACGUUGUGAACAUCUUCCAGGAUUCUGAGUUUUGGAAAGGCAGGCGGAUAGUUGCAAGACAGAAGAAGGCAGCUAAAAAACAGCAGAAAGCACGGGAGGAGGAAGAAGCUGCCCGGAGAAAAGAAAAACGUCUCUGGGAUGUGGAUGUGGACGAGUACGAAGCCCUCUCUGAGAAGCAGAAAGCUCUGCUUGAUUACAAAAUAGAGCAAAUCAAGCGUGAGCGGAAGGAGAGCCAUGAGCCCUCUGGCUUAGACAUGGCCUGUGGGGAGCUGGGCUCUGGCCUUGCCUUGCCACUGCCCACGGAAGUGUCUCAAAAGAAGCAAGAUAAGCUGCAGAAGAAGAAGAAUGGCCGCUCGGAGAAGUUUAAGGUACCCGUGAGAGAGCAGCAGCGGGAAACCAAAAAACCAGAGGUCCAGACAAAGAGCAGAAAAGCAGCAGCAAAACAACAGCAGCAGGAAACCAAAAUCCCAGAGGUCCCGAGUAAGCGGGACAGGAUCUUGGACCUGAGGUUUAACAUCUAUGAGUCUUCACAGAACAGGAUCAGAGAUAUUCUGUCAUCCUGGGACAGGGUUCAGGGUAUCAUGAACCAAGUGCAAGACAAGUCCCAGUCUUCCCCUAAACACAAAGACAAGAAGAAGAGCAGUAAGUCUCUGGAGAAGCCCGAGAAAAAUCCUCUGAAAAAACAUGGCAGCCACAAGAGUCUUCAGCAGGAAGGGGAAGUUGCAGAAGGCUCAGUCGGAAGCCGGGGUGCCGGAGUGCCCUGCUUGGACUUCCACGUCACGCGUCGUGAAAAGGUGUUUGAGAAGAUCCUGAAGAGCAAGAAGCUGCCACCAGCAAAGCAGAUCCUGCACUAUCUGGGACUGGGACCUCCCAUUCCCCCUGGCUCUCUUUUCUCCAUGGUUCCCUACCCAGAGGAGGACAGAGUCCCCACAGCAACAGAAGACCUCAGACACUUCAUCCUUGUUGAACCUGAGGGUGCUGCUGCAGAAGAUGAUGUGGCCCCAGAGGCAGAGGCACAGGACCACUUGAAGGAGGGGAAAGCCACAAGCAGACACAAGUCUAGGAAGGAAAAGCCAGACUCCCCCCAGAGCCUGAAAAGUCUCCGGCAUCACUCCCCAAAAACACCCCGAAGUUCACCUGAACCAAUGAAAAGCCGACUAAAGAGGGACUCAACCCUCGAGAGACCUGCCAGGCUGAGAAGGUUCCGCUGGAUCGUUCCUGCCCACGGCGAGGUGGAACUGAAGAUCCGCUUCAGCACCACAGUGCCAGGGCAGUUUGACCAGAUGAUGAACUUUGAGAUCCUGGGGUCAAAGCGCCUGUACCAGUUGCCCUGCAGUGCCACUGCCCUGUACCCCAGCAUCAGCCAGAACCCACGGCUGGUGUUUCCUCGCUGGAGGAAGAGCAAGGAGAAGGAGGACAUCAUCUCCAAGGAAUAUGUCAUGAGCACAAAGCAGUUCCACUUUGGACCGCUGCUUUGUGGCAAGUCAAGAGAGUGGUACAAGGCACAGAACUGCCCCGACAACAGCGAAAAGUUAACCAUCCUCAACAACUCCCCCAUGGAGGCAGAGGUCCAUUUCUCCUUUGAGAGUGACAGCAAAGGAGAGACAUUCCUUUUGGACCCUCCCAGCAUGAGGCUGCAGCCCAAAGAGAAGAAGAAGCUGAGUGUUUGGGCGUACCCGACUUCUGCUGGCCUCCUGGAAGACAGUCUCGGAUCAAGGAUCCUGCUGGAUCAAGGACAACCCGGAGCCAGUGGUCUUCUGACUGUGCUGCAGAGGGGUGCAGGUGAAGCUGAGGGUCAGCCCCCAGGAGCUGCAGUUCAACAAGCUGCUUCUGCACAGGUCAGUCAUCCCACGGCUGAGGGCACUCCAAGGACUGACACCCAGACCCUGGUCCUGAGAAACGACAGCCCACUGCCCAUGGCAUGGCAUCUCAGUGGGCUGGACGACCUUGGAGAUGAGUUUUCUGUGUCACAAGGCAGGAGCAUCGUUGGUCCCCACACAGACUUUGAAGUGAAGCUGGAUUUCAAGGCCGAGAAGAUUGGCAUCACAAAUAAGAUCAUCCGACUGGAGGUUUCAGAUACAGAAAACAUCCUGGGCAUUGUUCAGGCUGAAACCAUCAAAGUCUCUGUGGAGGUCUAG